GUCACUGUCAAUUUUGCCGCCGUCUUAGCAACUGUAGAUUUAGCGGUACUCUUCCUUAAUUUUGCAAAAAUUCCGCUUUUCACAUUGUUUUUUAUCUGUGUUAAUAUAUUUGAAGUGUUGAAUUUUAUUCCUACUAUUAAAGAUGGCUGAUGUCGUAGUAGACGCUGAGAGCAAAAAUUCAAAAGAAUUAUACGGCCAAGGUGUACGAGCCUUCAUUCUAAGAGACUUCUCGACGGCUGUCUCGGCUUUAGGUAAAGCCAGCCAACUUCUGGCAGAUGAACAUGGAGACGAUUUGCACGAAUCGCUCGGUGAAGUAUAUCUAUAUUAUGGUAAAUCGCUCCUUGGAUUAUCGCGGGAAGAAUCUGAAGCUCUUGGUGACGCCGUGCCUAGAAAUGAAGAAUCGUCAGAAGAAGAUAACGCUGAUGAAACUGAAGAGAACGACGAGGAAGGUGAAAAUAGUACCGAACCACAAGAGAAUAAUGAAAAUGAGGCUAAAGAAGCUGAGAAGUCCGAUGAUGCUAAAAAAACAGAUGAUGCUAAACAAUCAGAUGGCGAAAAACAAAAUGGUACAACAGUCGCAAACGGUUCCGGCGAAGGUACAUCAAACGGAAUCACGAAAGAAGAUGGAGCUGAUGAAGACACCGCAGCUGAAACUGAGGACGAACCAACAGAUCUUCAAGUCGCCUGGGAGGUUCUUGAGCUGGCCAAGAAAAUCUUCCAAAAACAGGGUACCGCCGCCAAAAAGAACCUUGCCGAAACACUGAUAGUUUUAGGCGAAGUUUCAUUGGAAAGCGAAAAUUUCGAAUCGGCCGUCAACGACAUCACGGAAGGUUUAAAAAUACAAAAAGACAUAUUCGCAAAAGAUUCCAGAACGGUAGCAGAAACGUAUUACAAGUUAGGAGUAGCUUACUCUACGAACACCCAAAUAGACGAAGCUAUAAACAGUUUCAACAGUUCCUUAGAAUACCUUAACAACAGAAUCGCCCAUUUGGAAAGUGUCGAAGACAAAAAAGACGAGGUCGAUGAAGAAAUUAAGGAAAUCAAGAGUCUCAUACCGGAUAUACAGGAAAAAGUUACCGACAUGAAAACUUACAAAGAUGAGGCAAUGAAAAAUAUAGUAUCGGCCAUGACGGAAGGAAUAAAAUCAGACAAACCAGCUCCAUCUACCAGUUCCUCAAAGCCUGCUACUGACAUUUCACAUCUGGUCAAGAGGAAAAGAAAAGCGGAUGAGAUAGACGACAAAGACGCAGCACAAGAGAGCAAUCCGUCAAAAAAAGUCAAUCAAUAAACGUAUUACUGUGUU